GCGGCGGCGGGAGGCCCGGUUCGGAGCGCCAUAUGAGACGGUUUAAGCGGAAGCACCUUACAGCCAUCGACUGCCAACAUUUGGCUCGGAGUCACUUGGCUGUGACCCAGCCCUUCUGUCAAAGAUGGACCAACAGAGACCCGAACCAUGGUCUCUAUCCUAGACCCAGAACAAAAAGAGGGACUAGGGGUCAAGGAUGUCACGGGUACAACACUGAGUUCUUCCCAGCCGCCCGGCAGCGGGGCAUCAAUGACAUGGCCAAAAGCAGUUCUGGGGGCCAGGACGCCUCUAAGGACUCGGAGGGGGACAUGAUCUUUGCUGCAGAGAACCACUGCGCCCUGCCUCAGGAGGGUGAUGGAGAAGCAAGACUGGGCGUGGCAGGGUCCGCUCUGCCUGCAAGGAAGCGGUCUCGGUCCUUUGAGGACGACAGGAAUCAGGCUACAGGGACCAGUCAGUGGGAUGGGGUUUCUAGAAAGACUGCACGGCAUCGUUUGUCCCCGUCGGGCGCAAGACCCAGGGAAGCCAGGCAAGAAACCGAGGACUCUCUGUCAUGGCGCUCUGCAGAGUCCGGACGACCCAGCGAGGAAGUGGAGGACGUUGGGCCUGAUCCCAUUCCUGACUCUUACUAUGGGCUUCUGGGGACCUUGCCAGGCCAGGAAGCCCAGAGCCACAUUUCGAGCCUGCCCAAUGAGGUCCUCCGGCACAUCUUCGCCUUCCUCCCCGUGGAGGAUCUCUACUGGAACGUGAGCCUCGUGUGCCACCUUUGGAGAGAUAUCAUCAGUGACCCACUGUUCAUUCCUUGGAAAAAGCUGUAUCAUCGCUACCUGAUGAAUGAGGAACAAGCUGUGAGCAAAGUGGAUGGCAUCCUGCUGAGCUACGGGAUAGAGAAGGAGUCCGACUUGUGUGUGCUGAACCUCAUUCGCUAUGCAGCCACCAGUAAAUGCUCCCCCAGUGUGGACCCUGGACGGGCCUUGUGGAGUCUGAGGGAUCACCUCCUCCUUCCUGAGGCAGAGGCCUGCGUGCGUCAGCACCUCCCGGAUCUCUACGUGGCGGCCACGGGUGUCAACGUGUGGGCUCUGGUGGCGGCCAUCGUCCUCCUGUCCAGCAGCGUGAACGACAUCCGGCAGCUGCUCUUCUGCCUCCGGAGACCCAGCUCCACCGUGACGGUGCCGGACAUCACGGAGACGCUGUACUGCCUCGCCGUGCUCCUCUACGCCAUGAGGGAGAAGGGGAUCAACAUCAGCAACCGGAUUCACUACUGCAUUUUCUAUUGCCUAUAUCUUGAGGAGAAUUCCUGUCCUCAGGCCAGAGAAGUUAAAGAGGAACCAUCGGUUUGGCCAGGCAAGAAAACCAUCCAGCUUACACAUGAACAACAGCUGAUUCUGAGCCACAAGAUGGAACCUCUCCAGGUGGUCAAGAUCAUGGCGUUUGCAGGCACCGGGAAGACCUCCACGCUGGUCAAGUAUGCUGAAAAGUGGUCCCAGAGCAGGUUUCUGUAUGUGACGUUCAACAAGAGCAUCGCAAAGCAGGCCGAGCUAGUCUUUCCUGCCAACGUCAUCUGCAAGACCUUCCAUUCCAUGGCCUAUGGGCACGUCGGGCGGAAGUACCAAUUAAAGAAGAAACUGAAUCUCUUCAAGUUGACCCCCUUCAUGGUCAAUUCUGUCCUUGCUGAAGGGAAAGGCGGAUUCAUACGGGCCAAGCUCGUAUGUAAGACCUUAGAGAACUUCUUCGCCUCGGCCGACGAAGAGCUCACUAUCGAUCACGUGCCGAUCUGGUGCAAGAACAGCCAAGGACAGAGAGUCAUGGUUGAACAGAGUGAAAAGCUGAACGGUGUCCUUGAAGCCAGCCGACUCUGGGACAACAUGCGGAAGUUGGGGGAAUGCAAAGAAGAGGCUUACCAAAUGACUCACGAUGGCUACUUGAAACUCUGGCAGCUGAGCAAGCCUCUGCUUGCCUCUUUUGACGCCAUCUUUGUGGACGAGGCCCAGGACUGUACCCCAGCUAUCAUGAACAUAGUUCUGUCUCAGCCAUGUGGGAAAAUCUUUGUAGGGGACCCACAUCAGCAGAUCUAUACCUUCCGUGGUGCAGUCAAUGCUCUGUUUACAGUCCCUCACACGCACGUCUUCUAUCUCACACAGAGUUUCCGAUUUGGCGUGGAAAUAGCGUACGUGGGAGCUACCAUCUUGGAUGUCUGCAAGCGAGUGAGGAAAAAGACUUUGGUUGGAGGAAACCAUCAGAGUGGCAUUAGAGGUGAUGCCAAGGGCCAGGUAGCCCUGUUGUCCCGGACCAAUGCCAACGUGUUUGAUGAGGCUGUGCGGGUGACGGAAGGGGAAGUCCCAGCGAGGAUCCAUCUGAUCGGGGGGAUUAAAUCAUUUGGAUUGGACAGAAUCAUUGAUAUCUGGAUCCUUCUUCAGCCGGAGGAAGAGCGGAAGAAACAGAACCUCGUUAUUAAGGACAGAUUCAUUAGAAGAUGGGUGCACAAGGAAGGCUUUAGUGGUUUCAAGAGGUACGUGACGGCGGCCGAGGACAAGGAGCUGGAGGCCAAGAUUGCGGUCGUGGAGAAAUACAACACCAGGAUCCCAGACCUCGUGCGAAGGAUCGAGAGGUGCCACAUAGAAGACCUGGACUUCGCAGAGUACAUUUUGGGCACUGUGCACAAGGCCAAAGGCUUGGAGUUUGACACCGUGCACGUGUUGGAUGAUUUUGUGAAAGUGCCGUGUGCCAGGCACAACCUCGCGCAGCUGCCCCACUUCCGAGUCGAGUCGUUUUCUGAGGAUGAAUGGAAUUUACUGUAUGUUGCAGUAACCCGUGCCAAGAAGCGUCUCAUCAUGACCAAAUCCUUGGAGAACAUUCUGACUUUAGCUGGGCCUUUUCUGAAGCAGGAAAAGAGGCUAAGAGGCAGCCGAUCAGGAGGAAGAAAUCUAAGAGCCAGACCAAAUGGGAGGAAGAAAUGAGCUCUUGUGCCAUCAGCUCACCAAGAGACGUCUGCCCCAGUCGAACCCUAAAACUGUUUCCUGCCACAGGAGUAAAAUUAAGCCCCGAAGGUUGGCCGCACCCAAGCAGAAAGGGGCUCCAGGGACAGAUCCUAGGACAGAGAGCCCAAGCAGCUGCUUGGACUUGUGGGGCCGCUGGUUGGGACUGACGACAAGCCCUCAGGAAGGAGCCCCUGGCUGGCUCACCAGAUCUGAAGCCGAACCGAGCUCGUCUGCCCAGUCAGUGCACAGCGAAGACCGAGACAUCAAGUAGGAUCAAGUUUAUGCCACAAGGAAAGGGUUUGUUGGGGGCAAGCCUCAGAUCCACUUCCCGGAAGGAGGAGAGUCAGACCAAUUGAAGGGCACAUGAAAAAAGCCUGGGUAAAGAGUUGUAGCUGUGUUUAUGAGUCCUGGUAAGACCUUGGCUGCGGUGCUCUGUGCUGUGUAGGCCAUCAGGAUGUCGUCCGCCCUUCUCACUCAGUGCUCUGACAAGCACACGGGGGUUUUCCAGAGGCCACGGGACAUGUGUUCUCACCACAGACUGAACGCAGAAGCAGUUGUCUUCCAUUAAGCCAGACGUGAAAACAAUGUUACUCUUCCAAGUUUUUUUUUUUUUUUUUCUGAAAAUACAGUUGUUUUUGAUAAAAGCA